AUGACGGAUACACUUACCAGGCAAGACAGCGGCCCGGUCACGACUAGCGAUGGCGGGUGCGAAUACGUCUCGCGCGUUCACAACUCCAAAACUUCCAAAGACUUGCAAGAUAUCUACGACAAGUGGGCCGACCAGUUCAACGAUGAUAUUGCGAAGCAAGACUAUGUAGCGCCGAAAUACGUUGCCGAAGCUAUAUUGGACAACUUGGGCAAGGUCGAUGGGGACAUUCUCGAUGCGGGUUGCGGGACUGGGCUGUCUGGGAUUGCGUUAGCCCAGGUUGGUUGCAAGAACAUCGAUGGCGUCGAUCUUUCUACUGGCAUGCUGAAGGUUGCGGCGAAGACUGGGCUAUACAGGAGUCUGGCACCCGCAGAUCUGUCGAAACCGAUUGAGAAGCAGGAUGAUACUUAUGAUGUUGUGACUUGUGUCGGGACAUUGACGCAUGGUCAUGUUGACCCCAAGCCGGCUCUCGAGGAGUUCAUCAGGAUUACGAAACCUGGAGGUCUGAUUGUUGCGACGAUCAUUGAUGACAUUUGGGCGACGCAUGGUUAUGAAGCUGAGGUAAAGAGGUUACAAGAUGCUGGCCUUGCGGAAGUGCUGAGCACCGAGAGCAAGGCAUACAGGCAAAAUGCCGGCGUAUAUGCCAAGAUCCUGGUUCUGCGGAAAAGGAUCGGAAGCUAG